AUGGCAGACUUGAAGGCUGAACCAGGGCCUUCCAGCCUCUGGCAUAACUAUGGCAGCCCGGUCCACAUGGCGUCGGCCAGGUUCAAUCCGCCGAUGGAGUCCGCCCUCCCCAAUCCCCCUUCGGCCAGCACGCCGCAGCAUCCCGCGAGGCCGAGGAGUAGCCAUCACUCUCUGGAGCAACCCCCUUACUCGUAUAAUCGAUAUCCCGGCCAGGAGGACUCGGAGGCGUACGAGCGGCACCAACCCCAUCCGAACUUAACAUCUCACCAGAGCUUCCCGAAUUUGAAGAGGACCUACUCCCAAACCGAGCAGGCACCCUACCAGGAUAUGGUUCAGGAAAUCCGUGACGACAACUCGAAAUUGUCUGUCAACCAUGAUCACAAGCUCCUGUCGUUCAAGCGAACCCAGGAUAAGACCACGAUUGUAGACCAGCAUGGGCGAAUUCAGCAAUUAGAGUUGUCGGCUCAACUCCACGGCAUGUUUUUCCUUUCCGAGAUGCCAUCCAGCACCAGCGACGGGACCAUCCUUCAACCCGAGCUCACCUGCUACCGCCGAAAUCUUUUCCAGAUUAGCGGUUCUCUAAUCACUCCGCGUGGCCAGUUGUCUGUGGUUAGCGAAUCUGGGGAGACGGUUCCCGUGAACAACGUCGAAGUGACCAUCUCGGCGAUCGAGUCGGUGGAUGGAAAUCCCGUUCGCUUGAUCGUGAUUCCCUGGAAGACCCCGCCCCCCAACUCGCCUGAAAUCCCGCAGAGCCCCGACCAAGAACCCCAAUCCUUACCGCUUAUCCCGUUCCAGGAUGAUGGCACUGAGAGCGAGGGCGAGUAUGCGGUCUACCCUAUCGGGUGGAGAAGAUUGCAGUUCAGAAUAGCGACUGCAAACAAUGGUAGGAGAAAGGAGCUGCAGCAACACUUUGUUCUGCAUCUCAAGGUUAUGGGAACCCUCUCCAACGGUACGAAAACCGUGCUGGCGGAAUCGACGACUGCGCCGAUUGUGGUACGGGGACGGAGCCCCCGAAACUUCCAGGCUCGUAAAGAGAUUCCCCUUUUGGGGUCCAGUGCUGGGUCCCGUGGUCAAGCCUUGGUAGAAACCGGUUUGGGUAUCGUAGCUGGCCCCUUAACCGUUAAGCCCGGCGAGGGAAAGCCGCGGGCUGUCGACAUGCAGCCGCCUCGGUCUGCGUUUACGUUUUCCGCGCCUAAAAUGCCGGGAAGCCAGAUGGGAAUGCGGUCAAACUCUUAUCCCUCGUGGAACCAACCGAGCCACAUUCCUCAGAUACCAGUGUCUGGACCGAGCACCUACUCAUCAACGACGAUCGGGUCCGAGCCUUAUGCCAAGGUACCCUUGACCGGAGCGAACAACUUUACGGCAGAGCCUCAAGAAAUGCCCCUUCAGACAUCAAUGCCCUCAGUACAGCUUUCUCUCGCAACCAACGACUCUCAGCAGCCUGCCAUCCGUACCCAGUACGCCUACGCUCCCCCCACAACAGCGCCCCCUCCUCAACUCUCAUCGAUUCCGUCGCAAGGAGGAGAGAACUCCCUCAGUGUGCCACGUUAUGUGGAUAGCAACCCCCGCCCUUCCAAAUCUCCACGACACGCCACGCAUCAGAGCGUCCAUAGCGCGAGCUCGAUCUCGAACAACGAAAACACGGGUGAAUAUCGGUAUGCGAACUCUUACCACGAUGUCGCGCUUAACAGCAGCAACACCAACUCGUCUGGUGAUAUGACGAACUCGUACGGCCCGGAGUCCAACCCGCCACCGCCGAGGGACUACUACCCCCCAUCGAAUACGUGGACAAGCACGGCAGGAGGACCGAACUCGACCGUAGCGUACACGAACGGUGAAGCGAGGACGUACUCUUACCCCGAACCUUACAAGGGAGGAAGCGCAGCGGCACCUCCCGCUGCGCUGCCGCCACCACCGCCCCGCGUGAACACGACCCCCGCGGCCUCGAGUACGCCGGUAUAUGGCGGAAGCCUCAACCACUACUCUUGGAGCGCGAACUGA